UUUUUCAAAUGUCGGUUUCGUUCCAUUGCGCUGCAGCUUUUUUUCAAUAGCCCGUCAUCUCAAACAGAUUUAAACGUUUAUUGUAAGAACUGGAUUUCAGUUUUUCCAGGUUUAACUUUCAUUUCACACAAAAAGAUACUUAUAUGGCAGAUUAGAGAGCUACCUUAGUUUUCCACUGGGGUCUACUGCGCAGCGCGGUAUAUACAAUUCAUGUGCGCAUGCCGCACAUUCGUGUCGUACUUGCAGGGGCGCUGUUGCGCACGUAGUUUGUAAAGAUUUUUGUCCUUUCAAAGACUUUUGAUGAGGCCAGCAAUAGAUUCUCCAGCUUAGCAUAUUUUACCACAAGCACGAUGAGGUAUUUCACGAACCGUCUGCCCGAUUACACCGCUGGGUCGCCGGUGGACAUCCCGCACGCCCAGCUCCGGGGGCGGGUCGCGUCCAUCGUGGAUGCCGUGGUGCAGCACGUGCAGCCCCGCCACCUUCGCAACUGUGAAGGGGGCCUGUAUGUCGGCGCGGCGGGAAUCGCCUACGCCCUGUGGUACAUCACUCAGACCGGCCAGUUCCCCAAGGAGGCGCUGCGGUACCAGGGCCUGUGCAAGCAGUACCUGGUGGGGUCGGUAGAGUACGAGAAGAGAAACAAGAAAGAGGCAGGGGCGUCGUUUCUUUGUGGGGCGUGCGGAGUUGAUGCCGUCGGGGCAUUGUACGACCACACUUCGUCUUCACAGUCCGAGGGAAGCAGCAGUCAUGCAGCUGCACAGUUCCUUGAAAGUUAUGCCAAUUUUGCCAAGAUUUGUACCCCAAUGAACUUCCUUGGACCCUGUGGGUCUGACGAGCUGCUGGUUGGCAGAGCAGGCUACUUGUGUGGAGUGCAGCUGCUGGCCCAGAAACUUGGCAAACAGGUUCUGAGCCAAGAGACCACCAAUUCCCUGUGUAAGGUGGUCGUGGAAUCUGGCCGCAGCUACUCCAAGCGUCACCAAUCUCCUUCUCCGUUGAUGUAUGCCUAUUAUGAUACUGAAUAUCUAGGGGCUGCGCAUGGUCUGUCAGGGAUACUGCAGGUUCUGCUUGGCUUUCCCGACUUCGUGAAGUCAGAUCCCUCCGCUGAAAAGGACAUCCGUGAUUCUGUUGACUUCUUGGUGAAGUGCCAGGCCAGUCAUGGGGGGAACAUCCCACCGGCCCUGGACGAAUGCGGGGCCAGGACCAGACCGGCCGAGCAUGAGUUGGUGCACUGGUGUCACGGGGCACCAGGUGAGUGUGAACCCCACCCCCUGGGAAAUUGUCCUGGUUACCUGGUUAACCUUCUUGCAUCCUCCAAAAUCCUCCACUGUGCACCCAAGCUUUGGCAACCCUACAUGCUGAAGGAAGACUCGAAGUCCCCCCCCCCCAAAUGUGUUGUAGUCAAGACGAUCACAAGACCUGUUUACAACACCAGUCACAGGAGCAGUUACAAUUGGGGAGGGUGA